ACUGAGCACAGCUGGUGUCACACACAGGCUGUGGGAGUAAACACAAAUACUUCACGAUUUUCGUCCAAAUUCUGCAUUUCAGCUCAACAGCCCCUGUUUUUCAAGUCGUAAGUGUUCCCCAGAGUCGCAGCCCUGCAUUCCAAAAAGGAAGACGAGUACUUCACCAUGAGCUCAGACGAUGGUGACAUGGAGAACCAGGCUGAGCUGGAAGAGAAGACGAGGCUCAUCAACCAGGUGUUGGAGCUUCAACACACUUUAGAGGACCUGUCUGCCAGAGUGGACGCUGUCAAAGAGGAGAACCUGAAACUGAAGUCUGAGAACCAGGUUCUGGGUCAGUACAUUGAGAACCUCAUGUCUGCCUCCAGUGUCUUCCAGACCACUGACACCAAGAGCAAACGAAAGUAAGGAGAACCUCUGAGAGCCUAGACCUAAAAAAAUCCCACUCACAUUCCAUAACCUGAACCCAAAGCAUCCUGGAAGACUGGACUCUAAUAGUCGACACCAUGGACCCUUUUAUACUGCCUGAGCCUAAAACAUGUUUCUGAGCAAAGAUGGGUGUUUGCUAUGUGCACUAGGAGGCAGUGUUGUGUUUAUCAAAUCAGGAUGUACACGGAAGAGAAAAGACGGCUGUUUAUGAGUCCUGGUAGAUCAGUCAGAAAACAAAGGGCCACAUUUUUGAUGGGCUCAACUUACCGGCACAUGCACACAACUGGUUUUGAAAUGCAAAAGUUGAAAAGUCGUGUGAGCUGUGGUUACACCUCGUUGCAUAUGAAUGCAAAUAAGUAUCUUUGUAGAAGCAUGCUUUGACUUUAGUCAGCUGCAACUCAGACUUCCUCUUUCAUCCCAAACAUCUCCGAUUCCAGGAACCUGAGCACUGAGCAACACCUGACCCGUCUCUUAACAGGUGGUCGUAAAUUUGCUUUUGUCCAGUCCCCAAAUUUUGUACCAGUUACAAAUGUACAGUGGGGUUGUGAGGGAACAGCAGCCAGUAGUUUUUACAAAGCUCUCCUACUUUGCUAUGGGCGUUGACAUUUGGGCUAAAUUGUGGCUGUUGAUUAAAAUUGGAUUGAUACCUAAAUCAAGUGCACAUUUAAAGUCGUUUCAUACCGAGCAUGGAUUUUUGUCUGGAAAAAUUUGGAAAUUUAUAAAAGCUGAUAUUCUGGAUUCCUGUAAGUGCUUGCACACCCCCAAAGAAUAUUAGGCGCGGGAAAAAAUAUUUAGACUGACUUCGAUUUCAGCAGAUUUCCACCUGCAAAAAAUAUAUGUAGCCAAUGAAAUCCUUUGUUCCAACUGUUGUCAUACCUCCAGGCCAUAGCUAGCUUGCUGCCAAAAUGGGGGAACAUCUAAUUAAUUUGGUUUCUCAACACCCAUUACCGUACAACAAAUAUUGCGAUGACUACCUCUACAACCAAAUAAAGGACAGUGAAUGGCUUGCCCAGCAGCUGAAAUACAAGGAUGGUAAUGUAGCUGAUAUGCACUCGCUGACGUUACGUGUUCAUCACAGAAUGGGGCUAGGUACAACAGCUAGCAUUAGCAUAACCUUUUGGGUCUGAUUAGGGUAUGUAAUGUGUAGCUAAUGUUAGCCGUCUGGAUGGGUUUUGGUUAUGUGGAGUGGACGCUGGCACCAUUUAGGAGGAAACUCUUUGGGCCUCAUUUUUGAAAAUGAAAGACUUCACUGAGGAUAAUUUACACCAGACCCAGUGUGCAAAGUUGUCAUGUGUCAAUUUCGCAUUGCAGCGGUGAGAAACGGAUUUAAAUUUGUUUAGGGGUUAUUUUGUGCGGUAAAUGGUGGCAGAGUUGACUCAGUAGUCAGAGCUGAUUAAAUAUAAACAUUCACAACAAUGGACAAAAUAUGAAUCAAACAAAUUGAGGAAAUGUGCGCAGGGCUGAAAAACACAUUAUGACAUGAUAAUUGCUUUUUUUUUUUUGGACAUUUUAGAGGUUUAGAAAUAAAGUCACCUCCUAGACACCAUGCAAAUGGCGAUUUGGAGGUAAAUUCUUAUGCUGCAUUUGUUAUAACAUUUCCCAAAUCCUUUGUACCCCAUGCCGCACUCUAAUAGCCAUCUGUACACGCAACACAUAUUCCAGUGAGACAAGGCAGCUAACAGCAGUAAUAAAGCUAACUCAGACUACACAAAGUUAGCUGUACAGGUAGUGAAAAAUGAACUGUAUCCAUUUUGCAAACUAAAUACGGACAGCAUGGGUUUAAAGCACAGAGCCCCACUCACAUGAUUAACAUUAGCAUUACAGAGAUCUGUUAGUGAUGUGGACAUGGGUAUUAUAGCAGUAAUGCUAUUAUUGAUCUGAAAGACUGAUAAAAUUUUCAAUAUUUAGUAGACAGCAUAAACAGUAACAGUGUGUCUUACCUGUUUGUUCCUCGACAGGUCCUGUGCAAAGCUAUUCACCGCUUUAUUAAAAACAGAUUGCUAUAUGCUAAUAGCUAAUUCUGCCCCCUGAACCUACAGGGAGUUUUCCUUCUUGGGAUAUUUACGUACAUCUGUCAUGCAUUGCUUGUGAAGUUUAUGUAGUUAAUAUCAGAAAAUCAACUCUUUAUACAUGCUGUCAGUCAUUUCCCUUAGUUUUCUGUUUCCUCCAUCUCACAGAUGAUGAUAAUAUUCAUCAUCAAGGAGAAUAUGUCCACAGUCCAGAUAAUGUUGAGUUUCUCUCAAAGCCAUGCUCCCAGAUCUUAUUGGCCCCCAGGCACACACACACACACACACACACACACACUGAAAAAAGAAAUUUCAAUGCUCAACCCCUUCCAAUUUUUGAGUUACAAUGUUUAUGUUACACUUUCCUUUUCUCCUCGGGGCUUAAGGGCUUGAUUCAAACACAAUUUUUUCAGUGUUUGUUGAUGGGAAGCUGGUGAGGGAUCAUGUCUUUGUCACUGCACUAGAGACUCAUAUCGGCUUUUCACACAGCAUUCUCUUAGCCUCAGCUAAUGUAGCCCAUUUUUACUUACACAUUGUUUACCAAGGGUCAACCUAAGCCCAGGGCUACACAACUCACUUUCACUAUCCCAGGGCUAAAUGUUUGUUUGACCACAUAAUGCAUGUUAACAUUAUAACACGCUAUUGUUUACUUAGCCUUGUUUCUCACACUGGCAACUUUUAGCCCCAGGUGAAGUCCAUUCUCAGGAGAUAACCCUGCAAACUCGGGGCUAACUCUGCUCCAGAGCAGGCUAAAGUUGGCACACUUAGCAUGUGCCAGUGUGAUUUUUUUUUUUAUAUAUAUAUUCAGUUCAAUUCGAUUUUAUUUAUAAAGCCCAAUAUCACAAAUCACAAUUUGCAUCAGAGGCAGCAUACAACACCCCUCUGUCCUUCGACCCUUACAGUGGAUAAGGGACCCCCCCCCCCAGCCUGGGGCUAAGGACAGUGUGAAAAGUCUAUUACUGGCUGGUUGGGGUGUCUGCAUUGAGGCACGCAUGUCUGCUCCUUCCCUAACAGUGGAGUUAGCAACAAGGAGCUCAGCACAGGAGAAACUGGCUUUUUAAACUUGGGGAGAAAAAUAAAAAGUUCCUUUUGUUAUUUAUCAGACAGUAUUGCAGCUAUUGCCAUAUAUAGAGUAGAUAGUGUUUUUGUUGAUAUAAAAUGGUUUUAUUGUUACUGCUUCUAACCUCUCUAAAGAGAGGCGGGUCUAAAGGCCCCAGUCCUUUGUCAUUUCACUACAGUGUCACUUUUUUGUUGCCAUUUUGUUGCUGCUUUUUGCAAGUUUGCAAGGGAGUAAAUUACACUACUUAAAUGGUGACUGUUGCAGUUUGUAGCUGAGACCAUGUGUCAGUUUUUAUUUGAACUCAAAGAGUCGUGUGUAUAUGCUAAUUGUUAAACUUACCAUGUCUAGUUUAGCCUCUCAAUAAAUCAGUAACAAAUAUGCAUACUGUAUUUAUGCAUUUAGAUCAAACACAUCUAUAAAGUCUUGAAAUCUCUUUAACCCUGAUGCAUUUGUACAUUGUUUACAUAUGAUUGUUUUAUGUUGCUAAUUUGAAAUGACUUUAGUUUAAUAAAGUGAUGAUCCUUUUUGA